UUGCACAAUAAGUACUUCUGGAUUGCACUCUGUAUCUCUGUUUCCAUAUCGGAUCUCGGGUCUGAAGCCGAAGCACCUGGUGCGCCGAAUCCUCAGACACUUUCUUCCGAAGCUCAAGCACUCAAAGAUGAGGCGUUAGUCAAAUACCUCAACGAGAACCAGAACCUUUUCAAGGCUAAAAUCACAACGGCAAGCCAUAGCUUUGAGCACAGAAUAAUGAGCCAUAAAUUCAAAAAGCAGAAUAGCAAGUUGCCUGUUCUCAAGUACGGCAAGGACGCUAACGAUGACAUUCCACCUAGUUUCGAUAGUCGCGAACACUGGCCCGACUGCCCUUCGCUCAAAUAUGUUCGUGAUCAAGCAAACUGCGGUUCAUGCUGGGCAGUUUCAUCGGCAGGUGCAAUGUCAGACAGAAUUUGCAUUGCAACUAAGGGAGCCAAAAAGGUGAUCCUUUCAGCCACCGAUAUUUUGUCUUGUUGCGGCGAUGUAUGCGGUGAUGGAUGUGAAGGCGGCUAUGCGACUAAAGCAUGGGAAUUUUUCAAGGAGGACGGCGUCGUUAGCGGAGGAAAUUACCUAUCGAAGGGUUGCUGCCGUCCCUACCCAGUCCAUCCAUGUGGAGAACAUCACGGGAUUGACUAUGGAGAGUGCCUCUUUGGUGCGAACACACCAGAAUGCCAUAGAAGAUGCCAACCCGGUUUCAGGAAACAGUACAGAAUGAACAAAUUCUACGGCAAAAGCGUUUACCUGCUGAACGGGGUGGAGGACAUCCAAAGAGACAUCAUGAAGAAUGGACCAGUUGUUGCAUUGUUUGAAGUCUUUGAAGAUUUCAAUCUCUACAAUUCAGGAAUCUAUAAACAUACCGCCGGUGAAUCAACCGGGUGGCACGCAGUGAAGGUCGUUGGAUGGGGAAGCGAAAAUAAUACAGACUUCUGGAUUAUUGCUAACUCGUGGAACGACGACUGGGGAGAACAAGGUUUUUUCCGCAUAAUUCGAGGAGUCAACGAGUGCACAAUCGAAGAAGACAUGAUCGCUGGACUUGUCGACGAUGACGUGGAACGAAUUUUUUAA